UCUUCCACAUUUCGUUUGAGAAAAAGUGAGAAUCAGAGGCCAUUCUUCUUCAGGAUUAAACCACAUUUCUUUCUAAAGUAUAAAAAAAGAAAAAAAUCUACACUUUUUAAUAUUCCUUUGGAAUUGGGUUUGGAGGCACCCCAAUUCCCACACCCAUUUGAAUUCUGUGCCUCUCAAUCUCUCAAACCUAUCUAACAAAAACUUACUUCAUUUCCACUGUUUCUUCAAGAUGUUAGGCGAUUUCAUCAACCGAAUCCUUAUACUCCUUCUGGGGUAUGCAUACCCUGGAUUUGAAUGCUACAAAACUGUGGAGAAAAAUAGGAUAGACAUGGAGGAACUUCGCUUCUGGUGUAAAUAUUGGAUCAUUGUGGCACUUUUCACUGUAUUGGAAAAGUUUCCAGACAUAUUUUUUGGCUGGCUGCCAUUGUAUGGAGAGAUGAAGCUGGUGUUCUUCGUCUGGUUGUGGUAUCCCAAAACUAAAGGAACAGGAUACAUUUAUGAGACAUUUUUGAAGCCAUAUGUAUCAAAGCAUGAGAAUGACAUUGACAGAAAAAUAAUGGAGUGGAAGGCAAGAGGAUGGGAUUAUGUCAUAUUUUAUUGGCAAUUCGUUGCAAAAUAUGGCCAAACUGCAUUUCUUCAAGCUCUUCAUCAAAUGGCUUCUCAAUCUCAUAAAUUUUCAGCAAACCCUAAUUCAGAGAAAAAAGAGGGACGGUCUGAAAGUGCCCCAGAAGAAGCUCCAAAGCAAGCUCAAUCAUCCUUCAUGAAGCAGAGCACUACCCUUAGCAAGGGCAAGAACUACCCUUCCAACAACCAAACCCAAACCGUCGAACUUCACAACGUUUCCAAAUCCGAAUACAAAGAACAUCAACAAGCGCGGGACCCACAAACCGUCGGAGUCGACGGCGAAGGCCACCGCGACGACGACGAGCCCGUGAGCGUCAAGGACAGAAUCACGCAGGCACGCGCCAGGCUCAGACGCUUAGAUUCUCAACAACAACCACAAAGCCCUCGAACCCCUCGAACCCCGACACGUCAACACCAACAGAAACAACAGUGA